UACGAAGUGAAGGCAGCCAAACGAUGACAUAGCGACUGCUCCGGGGCAGGAACCACGCCUAUUGGUCCAUGUGAGUACUAACUAACACUUUCCCCAUUUUGAGCCUCCAGCACGCGUCUGCUGCAUUUGCCUGGCCUCAACUGCGCUGGGGAGAAACGAAUCGACAUCGACAUCUUCCUCACCACAACACUCCAUCCGUGCUUCAGCAAUUACUGCUCCUACUCAACACACUACCGCCUCACAUUCCUGUUCCUAAGUCAAAAUGGUAAGCUCUUUCCAUGAUGCACACCUCUUCUCAGCGAUCCAAUACUAACUAUGUCGUCCACUAGGGCUCUCCCUUCGAUAUCAGUAAGCUCCAUCCCAUUCCUACACCUCCGACCUCUCUAACGAAUUUCUAGAUGGCGGUGCUUGCGUCGCAAUGGUCGGCAAAGACUGCGUCGCCAUAGCCUGUGAUCUCCGCCUCGGUCUCCAAUCCCUCACCGUCUCAAACAACUUCCCCAAGAUCUUCACCUUCGGACCGUCAGUAUAUCUAGGUCUGACCGGUCUAGCCACCGACGUCCAGACUGUCAGCGACACCUUCCGAUACAAAGUCAACAUGUACAGAUUACGCGAGGAGCGCAACAUCGCACCCCAGACACUAGCCAACCUGGUUUCAAGCAGUUUAUACGAGAGGAGGUUUGGCCCGUGGUUCGUCAGCCCAGUGCUUGCCGGAAUCAACCACACAACAGGAAAGCCCUUCAUCUGUGGUUUCGACAGUAUAGGCUGCAUUGACUUUGCCAAAGAUUUCAUCGUGGCCGGAACCGCGAGUGAUCAAUUAUUCGGUACCUGUGAAGGACUAUGGGAGCCGGACUUGGAACCGGAAGACCUGUUCGAAACCAUCUCACAAGCUCUACUCAACGCCGUCGACCGAGAUGCUCUAUCAGGUUGGGGCGCGCAUGUCUACAUCAUCGAGAAAGACAAGGUCACGAAAAGAUUACUCAAGGGACGACAAGACUAGUUUCGAGCGAAAGUCAGCGUGAAAGUGGUUAUUGAAGUGCAAGCAUACAGUUACUUAACGGGGGACGCGCCGACCUUGUAUC